AUGACGGACCGAGUUGUGCGGCCUACCGAUCCCGACGCUCUGGUCCUUGAGGCAUGGGGUCAGGGAUUGAUGGUCGGCAGUCUUCUGAUCAUGGCUGCAAUUACUGCGGCCAACAUGAAAAAACACAUUCUUUUGCAUAAAUUGAUUCUUGCAGAGCUUAUUCUCGCAAUGGCUCAUGGUACAUUCAUUUUCCCUCAUGAGCCCACAUACGGCUGGUAUCUCUCUGUGACGGCAAUUGGGUUAAAUGUUUCUUGGGCAUUACACAACGUCAUUUCCUGGAUGAAAAUCCGACCUUUUCUUUCGCGCAAAGUCUCAAUCUUCUACAUUGCCACUAUGGUGCUGUGUUGGCCUUACUGGGUACUGGAGAUAUAUGCCAACUUCACUUACUUUAAUAACAUCAACGAUAUUUUCCUCAAAACCCGACCGCUCGAACCGCUCUUUCGAGACCCCUGGUGGGUUCUAACAGGCCUUUGCCUCUUCUGGACGAUCAAGCGUGAAUAUAAUUUCAAAAUUUGGGAGCUCAUAAUCGUGAGUCCCAGAUUUGGCGUGAUGCUUGCAUCAAUGUUUCUCUCGAUUGCAUUUAUUGUUGUCGAUACUUGCAGCGUUCUCAAUGCAUUCAAGGGCUCAGAUCUUCCCACGGGUGUGGAGCCUUUCUGGAAGCUAUCCUUUAUUUUCAAGUGUUUGUGCGACACCGUUAUCCUGGACGAUUUCAAAACAGCACUCGAUCGACUCCGAACAUACUGGCUACGCAAACAAGCUACCGGCGAGGGAUUUUACCCACUGAGUGAACAAGGGCAAGGAAUAGAGAGGAGCGGUGAUAUCGAGUCAAGUCAGAGAAAAAUUGUCAAGCACAAACUCGUGCGAACGGACGAUCCUUCUCCUAUUCCCCGAGCGCUUCUCAGUCGGAAAGAUUCUCCAUGA